AUGAUAGAGGCAGAAGACUUCUACGCCAACGAGAUCGUCCAGGUGAAACCCCCAAACCUGUCUAGAGGGCGCUUUGUCUUAGUCGGGGACGCAGGCUACGCUGCAGCCCUUGGUUCUGGAACAACUCUCGCCAUCGCGGGCGCAUAUGUUCUAGCAGGCGAGGUCGGCAAGCACAAGGGUGACCUCGCAGGAGCGCUCAAGGCUUACGAAGCGCAAAUGAGGCCCAUGAUUGAUGAUCUGCAAAAGAUUCCACCACUAUUCCCUACACUCAUGGCGCCGCAGACGGUCUGGGGAAUCUGGCUGCAAAACCACAUCUUUGCUUUCAUCACUUGGAGUAGGAUUUUGGAAUUUGCUCAGAGAUUCUUCUCUGGUUCUUUUGCCAACAGUAAUAAAUACAGGCUGCCGGAGUAUGAAUGGGUAACCUAA